AUCAAGAAUUUACAGUAAAUCCUCACAGCAUCAAAAUUUUAAGAAUGGCAGUUUGGAAAUCAACCAACGGAUCAUCCAUCCCAAAAGAUGCAAUAAGAGCUGGAUAUGAGAAGGAUGGAACACCACUUUUUAUAGCCAGGGCCGAUAUGAAUGGCAUCAUGACACCUGGAAAAUGCUCAGUUGAGCUUAAUGGAGCCCAUAUUCCAUUUGACGGAAAAGAAGAAAUCGUUCCUUAUUACGAUGUUUUAGUUCUUCCUUUCACAAGUAAUGGAUUUUUAGAUUGGCAGAAGGCUUCUAACGGGUACGUGCCUUGCAAUGCCUACGAGACGGCUGGCGGAAUUUAUAUUGGUAGAGCCUUCCACCACGGGAGCUUAGUGCCAGGGAAAAUUAAUGUUGAUCACAGCUGUGCAUACAUUACUUACGGGGGAGAAGAAUUUAGAGUUGAAACUUACGAGGUCCUGACUAAGGAGAAAUGAAACUUGUACGAUGUUUGCAACAAGUUAUGAUAUUUGUUUUUUGAACUAUUUAAAACAUCUAUCAAAAUUUCCG